AUGGCGGAGAAGCGGCCACUGGGGACCCUGGGGCCUGUGAUGUAUGGGAAGCUGCCCCGCCUAGAGGCAGACUCCGGGCCCGGCCACAGCCUGCCCCCCUCUGCUGGUAACCAGGACCCCUGCAGCUACAAGGGUGCCUACUUCUCCUGCCCCAUGGGGGCUCCUCCUAAGACAGGGUCUGAGCGAUUGGCAUCUUGGACCCCAUACCCACCCUUGUACCCUACCAGCAUGGCAGGACCCCCACUCCGAGCAAACAACCUUCUGACCAGCUGCCUGCUCUACCGCCCGCCCACAGAAAGCUCUGAGAAGGUGCAGGACUCUGGCCCUGUUGAGCUCCUGCCCUUUGGUCCCCAGUCUCACUCCUACCCAGGUCCCCCACUGGCAGCACCCAAACCUGUCUACCGCAGCCCCCUGUGUUAUGGGCUCUCCACUUGCCUGGGAGAGGGGGCACCGAAGAAGCCUCUGGAUGUUGACUGGACGCUGGUGACUGGACCCUUGUUACCACCAGUGGACCCAUCUUGUUCUCUGCCCCCAGCCUCUGGCAAGGGCCAGUUCCUGGAUGGCACUUUCUUGCGUGGGGUGCCAGCUGGGGCAUCUGACAAAGACUCCUCGGUGAGCUUCUCCCCCUGCCAGGCCUUCUUGGAGAAGUACCGGGCCCUCCACAGCACAGGCUUCCUGGCCUCCAAGUAUGCGAGUCCUUACUCUGGGGACCCCAAGCAAGCAUUGUCCGAGGGCCCCCCGAGUCCUUGGACCCAGCUGGCCCAGCCCCUAGGACCAGCCUGCCAGGACGCAGUGCCCCCGCAUUAUCCGCUGCCCCACCCCACACAGCCCGUGCCUUGCCCACCAGCCUGUCGCCACCCAGAGAAGCCGGGCGGCUACGGCUCGGUGCUCCCACUGCAGCCACUGGGAACCCACAAGGGGGCCGGGUACCCGGCUGGUGGGCUAAACAGCCCCUACCUGAGGCAGCAGGCCGUUCAGACACCGUAUAUGCCCCCGGUGGGGCUGGACACUUACGCCUACCCCUCCGCCCCCCUCCCGGCACCCUCGCCAGGCCUCAAGCUGGAGCCACCUCUCACCCCACGCUGCCCACUGGACUUUGCCCCCCAAACAUUGGGCUUUCCCUAUGCCCGGGAGGACCUCUCUCUCUAUGGAGCAUCCCCAGGGCUCGGAGGGACGCCACCUUCCCAGAAGAGUGUGCAGGCCUUGCCAAAGCCCGGGGCCUUCCAGCGGGCAUGCCAGCCUCUGCCUGCCAGCCGACCGUGCUCGGAGCCCACGAGGCCUGCAGAGAAGCCCGUGCAGGAAGCCGAGGAGAAGAUGUGGCUGCCCAGCUGCAGGAAGGAGCAGCCCCAGCCCCGGCUCCAGCCCCAGCCCCGGCUCGAUGAGCACCCCGGGGCACCCAUUGUCAUUGGAGAUAGUCCAGUUCCGCGCACCCCACCACCACUCCCACCCUGUGCCCAGGAGCGCCAGUCUCUGCCACAGAACGAGGGCUCACUGCCCCCCAGCUCUCCACCUAUGCCAGUCAUCGACAACGUCUUCAGCCUGGCCCCCUACCGUGACUAUUUGGACGUGCCGGCACCCGAGGCCCCAGCUGAGCCUGAACCGGCCCCAGCCCCCAAUGAGAGCCACGACAAAGACUGUGGGAGGUCCCUGCCUGCCCAGGAAACCCCCUCCAGUGGGCACCCCUCACUUAAGGAGGAGGUAGCUCUGGACUUGAGUGUGAAGAAGACUGCCGCCGAGGCCUCCCCCGCCAAGGUCCCCCCGACCAAGGUCCCUCAUCCCGUGGGACGUGCCAAGCCCACUGCAUCCGUGGAUGUGCCAGGUGUGGGGGACACAGUCUCUGAUCCUCGGGGCCUGCAAAAGGCAGUCACAGAGGCGCCAGAACCACCUGGGGUGCCAGUGACCACAGAGGCCACCCCGAGGACCAACUUCCACAGCUCAGUGGCCUUCAUGUUCCGAAAGUUCAAGAUCAUCCGGCCAGCACCCUUGCCUGCAACUACGGUCCCCACCACACCCACCUUGGCCCCGGCCCAGCCCGCGCCCACCCCCACCCCUGUGCCCCCUGGACUACAGAUGCUCACCCAGCCCUUGCCCAUGGCCUGCUUCGGCCUGACACUGCCCAGCCCUCCAGCUGUAGCCAUGGCCUCCCCCGCCUCCACGCCUGCCCCAGCUCCGUCGCCCGCUCCGGCUCCGGCUCUGGCUCCCGCUCCAGCUCCCGCUCCGGUUGCUGGCCCCUCCCCAGCUUCAACCCCUGCCACGGCCGACUCCUCAGAGCAGCACUUUGCAGGACUGCAUGCAUCCUUGUGUGACGCCAUCUCGGGCUCCGUGGCCCACUCCCCACCUGAAAAGCUGCGCGAGUGGCUUGAGACAUCUGGGCCCUGGGGCCGGGCAGCGUGGCAGGACUGCCAGGGCGUGCAGGGGCUGCUGGGCAAGCUGCUGUCGCAGCUGCAGAGCUUCGUGUGCACGCAGCAGUGCCCCUUCCCCCAUGUGGUGCGGGCCGGGGCCAUCUUCGUGCCCAUCCACCUGGUGAAGGAGCGGCUGUUCCCGCGGCUGCCGCCCGCCUCCGUAGACCACGUGCUACAGGAGCACCGCGUGGAGCUGCGGCCCACCACGCUGUCGGAGGAGCGGGCCCUGCGGGAGCGCGCUCUGCAUGGCUGCACCUCACGCAUGCUGAAGCUGCUGGCGCUGCGCCAGCUGCCCGACAUCUACCCGGACCUGCUGGGCCUGCAGUGGCGGGACUGCGUCCGCCGCCAGCUGGGUGACUUUAACACCGAGCCUGGAUCAGUGCCCUCUUCGGAAUCCACCGUGACCAGAGAGGAGCCAGGGAGCCUAGACCUGACUUGGAAGUCGGCUGCCCCCAAAGCCAAAAAGCCAGGGAGGAAGCCAUCAACCCCUGGCCCAGAGAAAGCAGAGGCGACCGCUGUGGGGGGGUCCCCAGGGGCCUCCCCCACCCCUGCUGCUGGUGCCAGCUUGCCUGGCCCCACGGUGAAGGCACGUUUCCGCAGCCUGCUCGAAUCUGCCUGGCUCAAUGGCCUGGCACUGCCCACUUGGGGCCACAAGGCCUCGGGACCAGACCGGACCGUACCACGCCCGCAGCUGUUGGGCAGCCAGAGCCACCAGCUGUAA